AAGAACUUCCUAUUGUUUUCAUAGUAUUUAGUUUAUUCAAAUCUUUCAUCAAAUUAUUGUCGGUAUAUUCUUUGUUUCGAUUGGAUGGGAAUGUUAUGAAGUUUCAUAAAAAAAGACAACAUACUCAACAACUUAUUUGUGUAUUUUUCUUGUUAAGUUUUGAUGUUUUUGAAAAUAAUACAGACAUAUUCGGACAUAUAUCCAUUUUCCAUAAUUUUAUAAAGACAAUUAGAAAAAGUAUUAAUUAAAUAGGUAUAUACAUAGCUAGACUAGAAUAUUUUUUAUUAGAUUUGUCUUGUUUUCCGUAAUUGAUAUGACAAAGAAUAAAUUGAAGGGUCUUCGUUGCUUAAUAUAGUCAUAAAAAACUAUUCAAUUCUCUCAUCAAUAUAGACAUUGUUCAACUGGUAUUUUUUUGCCGAUUACGUUAUGCAAUGAACUGAUGUAGUUAUCGAGUGUUUGUAAAAGAGAUACUUUUAUUGCGAUAUUUAUUUUGCUUUUCUUUCCAAAAAAAGUGAACAAACGUGAGUAAAUAAUAGGUGAGAAAAUGUACAAGGAAGACAUUUCAUUUGAAUAGAGCUUGUUACAAUGCAUAAUUGAACUAAACAAAUAAUAAUAUAAUGUAUAAAAGGAAAUUACUAAGAUUAUUAGUUAAUAGAAUUGAUCUGAAUAUGAGGUAUCUUUUGUUUAUGCUUUAUAUUUAUUUAUUUAAAUCUUAUAAUUUCAAUUAGUUUGUUAUCUGUUGACAAUAAUAAGAAAAAAUUUUGUUAUACUCGAAGUACGUUAAUUUCGUUGACUGGAAAGUGUCUCUGCCUUUUUAGAAAUCAAAUUAUGUAUAGAUCAAAUAUUUGAUUUUGUAAAAGAAAUCUCAAUAAUAAUAAAUCAAUUAAUUAAUCAACCAUAUAUUUCUAUUCUCAUUAGACUUUCAAUGAAAAAAUUUUGAUAACGAUGUGUUAACGUUCUAUGCGUGAAAAAGAAUUUUCGUAAGAUCCAUAUGUUAAGAAGUAUAAGUGAAUCUUUGAAAAGUAGAAGAAAAAUUUGAUCUAAAUGAUAUUUAAAGAAAAUUGCAAAUGUCCCCCUAUGAAAUGAUAUCCUUCUCGUUACUUUUAUGAGAAGUUUCUAUCAAUAAAAAGGCUUAUAAUAAAAGAUUUAUUGACAUAUUUAUAUUCGAUAUAUAUGAUAGAAUUCAGUUUGAUGUUGAUGCUUAAAGAAUAUUUGUGUAAAGUUUUUUGUUUAAAAUAUCAAGUAACUUCUUCCGAUUGUAACGUAUUAAACAAUGAGUCUUUUGAUAAGAUUCAUAAACAAUUUUCUUUAUGUUCUAAUAUUUAUUCAAAUUUAAUUUAUAUUUCUUUUUUCAAAUGACCUCAGUUCAAUUCAAAUAGUCAUUAGUCCAGAAAUCUUACUCAUAUGAACUGCUGAUCGCAAGAUUCAAUUAGUAUGAUUAGGUACAACAGAUCAAGCAUCAUAUGAUCAUAGUUGCAUAAGAGGAAAAUAAUUUUUGAAUUUUAAUAUCAAGACAGACGAACUCUUUGCUAGUAUCUUCAUAUGAAGAAAUCCAAUAUGAUUUUUUUUUUGUAUUAACCUCUUUGAAUAUCUGUUGUGUCUGUUAUUUAUUUGAUUAAAUUAGUAAAUUGAAUGAAGGCAUUAAUAAUUGUUUUCUUAUUCAAACGAUUAAUGUGGAAAAUCAGCUAUUGUAAUCAAUUUAAAUUAAAUAGUCUGGUUGCUUUGCCUUUUAUUUUGAAGAAAGUUCGUUUCCAGGAAAAAGUGCAUUUUGAUCAGAGAUUUCUCUUUAGGUUCUCUAAUAGUGUAGAGCUAGGUUCAAAUUUGGGUGUGGGUGUAGAUAAAGAGAAGACCCCUACCCACACCCACACCCUUCAAAAAAAUUUCUUCAAAAGAAAAUUUUUAUCAAGAUCAAAUAACAGGAAAAUUAGAAGCUGUUGGAGAUACAGUAGAACCAUUUCAUUUUAUUUUACAUCCAAAAGAUGAACAAAAUUUAACUCGUGAAGAUCAAGAUAAAGGAAAAGAAUUAUAUUCACUUUUAGUUCACCAUGAAAUUAUUCAAGGAGAUACAAUAAGAAAAAGAUUUCGAAAUAAAUCACAAGAACGAGAUAAAAUAGAAAAGAUAAUUCGAAAUGAUCUUGAUCCUUCGAUUGCCGAUUCAUUAAUUAGUUUAUUAAAUAGUAAAUCUUCUUUUGAAAAAAAAGAUUUCGACGAUAUUGUUUGUUAUAGUGAAGAAUUAUGGCAAAUUUUAAAUAUAAAUAGAAUAGAAAAGGAAUUACCACGGAUAUAUGAAAAUGUUUGGAAAGAUUUAGAAGAUAAAAUAGAUCCACAACAAUCUGGUGGACUUGCUAAAUAUAAAUAUGGAGAUAUUAAAAGAAAUAUUGAAAGAAUUUUAAAUAAAAUUUUAAAAAAUACUCAAUUUGAAAAUGAUAAAGAAUUAAUUUUGUCGAAAACUUUGUCUUUACAAGGAGAUACUUGUUCAUUUAAAAAAAGUUUAAAAGCUAAUUUAAAAAAUUUUAUAGAUCUUCAAGAUCAAGAAAAUGUUCCAAGUGAAUUAAGAUUUUUUGAAGGUUUUAAUCUUAAUAAAUUUUUGACUAUUGAAGAAGAUAAAUCUUGGUGGGAUUGA